CUCGAGGUCAUGGUGGUAGCGCCUCCCCGCGAGGGGGAAGCGGCCGGUCGCUGCUGCGCGCCCGAGGGGACUGCUUUACCGCUGUUAGUUAGUCUGUGCCGCGGUCAGUGUGGGCUCACGGCUUGCCUGGAAGCACCUGAGCUUGCCUGAAGUGAGCAAACGUGGCUUUCAAUAACAAGCAGCAGAAUAGCCAGGGCCGCAAAACCCCGCUGAGGAACUGAGUAAUUCCCUGGCCGUUAACCUGUCGUGGUCUCUGAGCUGCUUGCUGGUACCAAGGCAGCAAAUUCACAGUGACUUCAGGUUUUCUGUCUUGGAUACACUUUUGACUGCAGUGCAGAUACAGUCGUUGCUCUUGCUAAAAUCAUGUUAGAAAUAGUUUUGCCUUAUACCAAACAUAAUCUGUUUAGUAUGUUCAAGGAGUCCUGCUGGCAAAAGGUAUAUUAAGACCUCUUCUGAUCUAGAGCAGUUUAAUAUCUGCUCAAUGCUGGGUUUGUCUGUGUUGCAGACUAAAAUGUUGUUGUAGUUAUAUCCCAGUUAGCUUUGUUAUAACUAGCUUUGGCACUGAGAGGUUGGAGAUAAAGGCAGGUUCUUUUAGGUAUCACCCUCAUCAGUACUUGAACAAAGUAGGUUCACGUUAGCUAGGUGUGACAGUGUUGUCCUACAGUCACAUAUCCUGAGUGUCUUAUAAAUGAGGCUUAUCGCACUGCACCUGAAAAUGGCAGUAGUGGAUGCUCAGACAUGGGUUGCACAGAGGUUAAUAACAAAUGAAGACACCUAUAGAGGAGGAUCGCAGAAAACUGUGGCUAAGAGCCCUGCCCCGUCUUGAAGCAGGGUUCUACGUAGCUUGGUAGGCAUAGAGCUAGGGGGUUGCUGCCUUUCAGAACUUGUUAGCAAUUGACAUGAUAACUUUCUUUCAAGCAAAACAGUAGCUCUUCAUUCCUGCCCCUGGUGUUUCUUUGUGCUUGUCUUGCCAACUGUAAAGAGCGUUUUACCCCUUUUGGGCAAUAGGACUGAAUCAGCUACCAGCCGUUGUGUGUGUUGAGGCAGGAUGGUGACAAGCAGAGGAGGGCCUGCAGUUACUGAGGCUGUUGGAGAACCUUGUCACUGGCAGGCAGCCAUAGUGCUGUGUCUGGAUGUGAGCUUUACAAUGAGCAAUGCUGCUCCUGGUGAGGAGUCUCCACUUGAACAAGCCAAGAAGGUUAUGACAAAGUUUUUGCAGCGACAGGUUUUUGCUGAAAGUAAAGAUGAAGUUGCUGUAGUUCUGUUUGGCACAGAUGGUACUAGGAAUGACCUUGCUCGUGGGGAUCAGUAUCAAAACAUUACUGUACAUAGAUCACUGAUGCUGCCAGAUUUUGAUUUGCUGGAGGAUAUUCAAAAUGUGAUUCAACCAGGCUCUGCGCAAGCAGACUUUCUGGAUGCAAUUAUUGUGUGCAUGGACUUGCUUCAGAAGGAAACAACAGGAAAGAAGUACACGAAGACGCACAUUGAACUGUUUACAGACCUUAGCAGUCCUGUCAGUGAGGAUCAACUGGAAAUUAUCAUCGCUAACUUGAAGAAAACAGGAAGUUUGCUUCAAUUUUUUCUGCCAUUUCCAGUAGAUGCUGAUGAUGGAGGUGGAGAUACAAGUGCUGGUGUACAUUCUCAUGUGCACAGAAACCCUAUUGCAAGAAAGAGGACAACUCAGCAGCAGAAGGAAGGCAUCCAUGUGGUAAAGAAGUUGAUGCAUACUUUGGAUGAAGGAGGAGGGCUGGAAGAAAUUUACACUUUCAGAGAGAGCCUGGAGCGUCUUUCGAUGUUUAAGAAGAUGGAAAGAAGACCUGUGGCUUGGCCCUGCCAGUUAACUAUUGGUUCUAAUUUGUCUAUAAGGAUUGUGGCCUACAAAUCCCUUACAGAAGAGAAAGUGAAAAAAACUUGGACAACUGUAGAUGCUAAAACCCUCAGAAGAGACGACGUGCAAAAAGAAACUGUUUACUGCUUAAAUGAUGAUGACGAGACAGAAAUUCAGAAAGAUGAUACUAUUCAAGGGUUUCGCUAUGGGAGUGAUGUAGUUCCUUUUUCCAAAGUAGAUGAAGAGCAAAUGAAAUACAAAACUGAAGCAAAAUGUUUUUCUGUUUUGGGAUUCAGCAGAUCCUGUCAGGUCCGGAGGCAGUACUACAUGGGCAACCAGGUUCUCAAAGUCUUUGCAGCAAAAGAUGAUGAGAAUGCAGCAGUUGCUUUUUCUGCCCUUAUCCAUGCAUUGGCUGAGUUGAAAGUAGUGGCCAUAGUGCGUUAUGCUUAUGAUAGAAGAUGUAACCCACAGAUUGGCGUAGCCUUUCCGUAUAUUAAGGAUGCAUACGAGUGUCUCAUCUAUGUACAACUACCCUACAUGGAAGAUUUAAGACAGUACAUGUUUUCCUCCUUGAAAAACAACAAAAAAUAUAUUCCUACGGAGGAUCAGCUAUCUGCAGUUGACUCGCUGAUUGAUUCUAUGAAUUUGGUUUAUGAAGAUGAUGAUGGAGAAAGUUUUGAGGACCUGUUUAAGCCCAGCAAAAUCCCAAACCCUCAUUUUCAGAGAUUAUACCAGUGCUUACAGCAUAAGGCUUUUUACCCCAAUGGGCCGUUGCCACCAUUUGAACCGCACCUUUUAGAGAUGCUGGAGAUGCCCUGUGUGGUAAAAGAAAGAUGCCAGGCUCCUCUUGAAAAAAUAAAAGCACUCUUUCCCCUAAAGGAUGUUGGCAAGAAAAAAGACGACAAGACUGCUCAAGAUAUCUUCAAAGACAAUGAUGAAGAUAGACCCAAUCCUAAGAAGCCAAAAGUUGAAGAUGAAGAAGGUGGCUUUAGCAUCUUAAGCAUUGCUGAAGGCAAUGUCACCUCUGUUGGCAGUGUUAACCCAGCAAAGGACUUCCAAAUUCUGGUGAGGCAGAAAAAUGCUGACUUCAAAGAAGUGAGUCAGCAGUUGAUAAACCAAAUUGAUCGGUUUUUGGAAAAUAAAGGUUCACAGUACUACAUGAAAGGCAUCAAUUGUAUCAAAGUUUUCAGAGAGGAGGCCAUAAAGCUGUCCAAGGUGCAGUGCUUUAAUGAUUUUCUGCAGGCCCUGAAGUCAAAGGUGGAAGAUAAAGCCUUAGCUGAUUUCUGGGAGAUAGUGAUGCAGGACAGAAUUUCUUUGAUCACUAAAGAUGAAGCAGAAGGAAGUUUGGUGACUAGUGAAGAAGCUGAAAAGUUCUUGGCCCCAAAAGAAAAGCAAAAUGAAACUCCGCCUGCCACAGAUGAAGGUGGUGACGUUGAUGAUUUGCUGGACAUGAUGUGAUUGGGCACUACAAGGUGACCAUACUGGUGAAGGUUUGGAAGAGAUCUGCCUGUGAGAUGGGGCACAAAACAAGAUGCCAAGGAGAAGACAGUAUAUCCAUCUUUAUUUUCUCAAGUGAGAGCAGAAGUCCCAGAGACAUUUCCAAUCGGUGUAAAUGUCAUCUGUUUCUUCCAAACUAGAACAGAAGAUUGAAAUAAUCUGAAGUAUUUCUGGAGUAAUGAUAUCUUUAAGGCAUUUCUUCUUUUUCUUUAGCACACUGAAUCUAGUUUAUCCCUGGUAUUCCUUCCAGCUAAGCACUGCUAAAUUUAAUGAGAGCCUGCACUGGCACCUGACAUCCUUGUUACAUUGCCUGGGAAGGAAGAUAGAGAUGUCACAGUGAGCUUACCAGGUAAUGUAGAACCUUUAGUGGAGGUAACUCCAUAACAUUAUAGAUGGGGAAGGAAAAAGACUGUAUGUUCGUGUCUUUCCCCUUUUAAAAAAAAAGGCAGAAAAAAGGUUUAUUAAAAAAAUCUGGGCCAUAGAGGUCACAAAAUAAUGACUUGAAAUAUAAAAUGAUUUAAAGUACAUAGCAAAGAAAAGUGUGGUGAUUUCCCCCCCCCCCCCCCCCCCCCAAAAAUACCCAAAUUGGCAAUGAUAGUCAUUUCUCUGUGCUAGAGAUUCUUUUUUCCAUCAGGUCGGCAGCAGCAGAUGUCCCCAAAGUUUCUGCCCAUUUCCGUUAUUGGCUGUCAUGUUCUGUGUCCUGAGAUUUUCUUUUUUUCACAGACUUUUAACUAUUACAGUUACUGCAGAUAUUGCUAGUUCUGAAAGAAUGAAUGAAUCGGUUAUAUCCCCAUUUUGUACAUUGCAGAUAACUACUAACGCAGAGCAGAAGAAUCCAUAAAAGCUGUACAUGAAACCUGUGGUAAAUACUGGUGAUAGUUAACAUCAGUAGCCCGAAUGGCCUAUCUAUACAAAGCAAUCCAAAAUAGUCAGAUACUGCUCAAAGAGAUACUGAUAUGUGAUUUACAGAUCUAAAAAGACACUAAUAACAUCUUCACAAAUGCUUGUUUGUUAUGGGCUCAUUCAUUCCUUACAAAGCUGCUCUUUUGUUAUUGCAAAUGUAUAAACAUACUGUGCAAAAUGGUGUUGAGACCAUAGGAAAUAUGAAAAUCAUGAGCUGUAGUUAAAAGAUGCUUUGGUUUGGAAUAUCUGUUUUCUCUACUGAACAGCUCCUGUAUGAGAAACAGUAAUUGCUCUUGCCUGUAUCUCCCUACACAGAAACUUGCCCUCUUUCCCCUCAUGUUCCAUCCUUACUUAGUUCAUACAGACUUCAAAGAGAUUUCUCAAAUACUGAUGGGCGGGGAGCAGGUGAUCUCUCCAGACCUUUAGAGCUUUUGUGUCACUGGAAGGUAUUUUGAUGAAUUGUAAAUAAGAAAUAGUUGGUCAGUUUUGACUAUCUUUUGAGGUCAGUUAUUGGGCAUAUAGCUGGCUGGAGUUUUCUACAUUUUCUUAAUUUGAUUAAUAAAAUGUUUAAUGGA